GCUGCUUGAUUACAAUUACACGGCACGAAACUACAAGGUAUUUCUGUCGUACCGCCUUUUUGCGUCCCGCUUGAGUGCUGACCCAAUCCGCGCGCGGCAAACCUUGAUGAGUCGGGCAGAGGUCAACUCCCAAACCUACUUAGCCGGGAAAUAAUGGCGAGCAAUUGAUAAUUGCUUAGUCCAGCCUACAAAGGGACCAUCAGGAGAUCGGCAGACUUAAUGAACUCCGUGCCGAUGAAGUGGAUUCAUCUUCUGCUGACAAACCGCAAUGCCAGCUGGCGUCCAACUAUCGACGCUUUCGGAGAGCUCAGGAGCGCCAAGUCAAGAGGCGGGCGGGUACGGACUCCGGUAUACGAGCAGCCACGAAACCCGCCAUUGUUUUUACUGGUUGAAACAAUAUCUUUCAUGUUGUUCUGCGAACUUACAAAAGACCUCCGAGUGCUAUCUCCGGCAGCCUCUUGGACUGCGGCACCGCUUCGGCGCCGCACUGACGUUGACGAUUUUGUAACGAUCGCAAUGGAGAUGGGACGCCGGCAGCUGCCCGGGGUAAAUGCAGAGAUUCUUAUCCAUCUCGGCAUGUGUCAUCUGGCUUUGCUAGACGGUGAAGCCGAAACUGUUUGCGGCUCCAUGCCACGCCGCCGAUGGUGGAGUGCUCCCGUCUUGGCCCAUGAGUUUUCCACAACAAGACGUUGUAUGAUUCAUUCACCGUUGUGAAGCAGCCAAUUGGAAAACUUCCGUUGGGGGGCCUUUGUUCAAGCUGCUCCAAUUCGAUUAGUCCGCUAGAGCCUCUCUCUGCUCCUUCGCUCUGCUGCUUUUGCUCUACGCUACUUGGAGGUCUGAACGCCACCGCACCACCAACGCAAGCAUUGUUAACUGGUCUACGAGUACGAACGCAUCGGGUUU